GAGGGAGUGGGCGAGCCACAACAGAAGGAAGGAACAAUAGAGAAUCAAAGCAUAAUGAUAUUCCUAAAUGAAGAGGGAAAUGUUGCCGCGCUCAUUUUAUUAAUCAGACUGUCAAUUUCACCCCAGAGGCCAACCCCAGGAGCCAUCUAAAACAGAGUCAGAUCAGAAGCUGCUCUCCUCACUUCUUCUCUCUCUCUGCACCUGGAUAUACGCGUCUGGCAGAUCAAGGGCCGACUCUAUCAUCCGAUGACAGUCUCUCUCCUAUUUAUUUGCUUAUAAACCUGUUACAAUAAAUGAUCAUUCGAACCGCGUCACGCGCACCUUUAACGACGAAGGCGCAAACCACUUUUUGAUGAAUGACUUUCUGGAGCAGAGAGGAUGCGCGGGUCAUUUUGAGCAGUCAUUCGUUGCCCACACUGGCAUUCCUCUGUUUUUAGCUUCCAGCUCAUAAAGGUGUUAUAUUAUUUAGAGGCGGCAGCUGAGCUGAAUGCGGAUUAGAUCCGCCACCAGUCAUCGGAGCACCAGCCCUGGGACUUUGGAUUUUUUCUGCACGACUUCAUGAUGGAGAGGAUAAGAAAAGAAAUGAUUCUGAUGGAAAGGGGACUACACAGUCCAGUGGCAGGAAAGAGGCUCUCUGACUCGGCCGGGAACGCGGUGCUUGAGGCCCUGGAAAAUUCUCAGCACGCAGGUCGCCUCAGUCCGAGAAUAACUUCAGCCUCGCUACACGGUAAUCUCGGGGAUAUUCCCACCAAAGGCAAAUUCGAAAUCGACAGCUUAUUCGGAAACCACCACAACGACAAUACCUCCUCCACAGAGGUUUCAUCCUCCGAAAACAGGAAGAAAAUAAACCUGUACCCUGAAGUUUCUCCUGACUCCGAUAUGAACAGCGAUGUGGAAGUGGGUUGCCCGUCUCAUCGCUCACCGAGCAGUCUCAGCCAACAGAAGGAAAACAAUAGCAAAGGUUUUUCGGACAACAAUUCAGGGACCUUCAAUUCAAGUUCAUCAUCUCUGUCGAAUAUGAACGGCUCCAUCAGUAACUCCAGCAGCUCGAGCGCGGAUCAGGUGAGGAGAUACCGGACUGCGUUCACCAGAGAACAAAUCGGAAGACUGGAGAAAGAAUUUUACAGGGAAAACUACGUCUCUAGACCCAGGAGGUGUGAACUGGCCGCUGCAUUAAACUUACCCGAAACAACAAUAAAGGUGUGGUUUCAGAAUCGACGAAUGAAGGACAAGCGGCAGCGGCUCGCCAUGUCCUGGCCACAUCCCGCCGAUCCCAGCUUCUACACCUAUAUGAUGACGCACGCGGCCGCCACCGGAAGUCUGCCUUACCCUUUUCAUUCCCACAUGCCACUACACUAUUACCCCCAUGUCGGUGUCACGGCAGCAGCUGCCGCGGCAGCCGCCUCAGGAGCCGCUUCUUCACCUUUUGCUACCUCUAUUCGUCCCCUUGAUACUUUCCGUGCGCUUUCUCAUCCAUAUUCGCGCCCAGAGCUGUUGUGUAGUUUCCGGCAUCCAGGACUAUACCAGUCACCGGCAGGUUUGAACAGCUCGGCGGCGGCGGCAGCGGCGGCGGCGGCGGCCGCUGCAGCAGUCAGUGCGCCUUCAGCUACCGGGCCGUGCUCAUGUCUCAGCUGCCACAGCAGUCAGGCCGCCAGCGCACUAGGCUCCAGGAGCACCAGCUCUGAUUUCACCUGCACGGCGUCCGGCCAGAGGUCCGAGAGCGGAUUUUUGCCAUACUCGGCAGCAGUUCUCAGCAAAACCGCGGUGUCCUCACCGGACCACAGAGAAGAGAGCGCGCUCAAUAGAUAGCUCAGUACUGGCAUACACUUUUUCAUUUGAAGCACAUGCAAUUAUUAUUAUUAUUAUUAUUUUAAAUUUAAGGGACAGCAUUUCCCGUAAGGUCUAUAAUGCCCAGAAUUAUAUUUAAAAUACACUGCUACGGAUAUCGAAGGCCUUUUAAACACGCAGUAGCUAUUAAAACUGUAAGUUAUAUAAUGAGCAAGGCGGUCAUUUUUUAUAGUUUUAUUAUUUUUAUUAUAGUAAUUAUUUUAUUUCUUAUUGUUAUUUAUUUUUUAAAAAGUAUGCAAAUAUUAUUUUCGAUUAGAUUUGAUCACGUCGUGCAGUACAGAGAAUAUACACUGGUUGUGCCACUUAUUCAUUGGUUAAGGGACCAAGCGCAAGAUGAUGCUAUUCUGAAAAGUGCUGCUCGAGGGACUCUCCCUGAUCUGAGUGUGGCGAAUAAAACCUGCACUAGCGCUACAAUGUCAAUUCUGCUGUUAAUAAUGUGAAGAUUAUGACGAAAAUUUUCAAUCAUGUACCUUGAUGGACCUCCUUUGAAUGUGGAAAUGUAAGAAAGUUCCCGUUCUGAGACUCGCUGUCAAAGCAUAACAACCCGCUGUGGGAAGUCAUUAGACAAGAUAGACCUGGAGCAUUUCGCAUUGUUCUUGGUGUGUAGAUUGUACAGUAUUAAACGUGGUAUUCGUUACCUGAGAAUUCUUUUUUUAUAUAUAUAAUAAAAAAAAAAAAAA